CCCCCCCAAUGUUGUUUUCAAUGAAAAUAAUUUUCCUUGUUUGUCCUUGCCUAUUCCCAAUGUUGAAAAUGUGGCUCCAAAUGAGGUGGAGCAAUUGCCUGUUAUCAUUCCUACUGAUGUGCAUGUAGAAACUAAUGAACAUGUUGAUUCACACACUAAUGAAGAUGAGACUAUUUCUAAUGAGGUGGAGCAUGAUAGUGUAGAAUCACAUGUUGAAAAUGAUUUGCAUGACUAUCAACUUGCUAGGGAUAGAAAUAGAAGAACCAUUAGCAAACCUGCGAGAUAUGUUGAUGACUGUAAUAUGUCUGAGUUUGCUUUUCAUGUGUUUGAAUCCCUUGAGUGUGAUGAACCUAAGACUUAUCAUGAAGCAUUAGAAUCUAAAUGUUCUGAAAAAUGGGUUAGUGCUAUGAAAUGUGAGAUGGAAUCCCUUCGUGUUAACCAAACGUGGAAACUUGUGCCAAAACCUGAAAACUAUUCUCUUGUGGACUGUAAGUGGUUGUUUAAAAUUAAGCAAGAACCUGAAAAUAGUUCGACUCUUCGUGAGUUAUUUUUGGCAUGCUUUGUGAUGUUGCCUAGUCUUCGUGACUUGAGAGUACUUAGUGAACUCUCCACCACUACGUGUGUUCUCAUUUGUUGAUUACACAUUUAGUGGUUAUUAGGCUAUGAUGAGUCCCGCGGUUCCUUGUCCAACUAUGUGCACUACUUUGGGCCAAAGCAAAAAAGUCUUUUCCGGUUCAAACGCGCUCUUCUAUAUAUACGCGCAGAAGAAUAUCUCUCUACAUCUGCCCUAACUUAGUCCUAUAUCUCCGCUCGUAUCUCGCCGUCCUUUCACCGAUCACCGCGCGCUGCCAUGGCAAAUGCUGCAUCUGGCAUUUCGGUCCACGAUGAUUGCAAACUGAGAUUUUUGGAGUUGAAGGCAAAGAGGACUCACCGGUAUAUAGUAUUCAAGAUUGAGAAAAUGCAGGUAGUUGUGGAAAAGCUGGGUGAGCCAAAAGAGGGGUAUGCUGAUUUCACCACAGCACUGCCUGCCAAUGAGUGCCGAUAUGCUGUCUAUGAUUAUGACUUUCUUUCAGUAGAUAAUGCCCCAAAAAGCAGGAUAUUCUUUAUUGCAUGGUGUCCAGAUACAAGCCAAGUUAGAAGCAAAAUGACAUAUGCAAGCUCCAAGGACAGAUUUAAGAGGGAAUUAGAUGGCAUUCAGGUGGAGCUGCAAGCAACCGAUCCCAGUGAGAUGAGUCUUGAUGUCCUCAAAGAACGUGUGAAAUAAAUACUCUUCUCCCCUAUUGCCAUGCUUGAUCUGCUGCUCUCUUUGCUUUAUGAUUCCUCCAUCCAGAGAGAGAUGUGUUUAUAGUUUGUGUUCUUUGGGCCACUUGACAUUGCAAAGAUUGUGUAUUAGUGUGUUCCCUUCUCCCUCCACUUCUUUACCUCUCCAUCUUUUAGACCCCUCUUUCUUGUUAUGUACCCCAGAGUAGUUUUUUUUGUUGACGUUUGCAUCUCCAGAUUUGUGUGUUUGAAUGAAUGUGUGUGAUAAAUUUCUACGCUUACACUGCACUAAUGUGGCUUUUU